AAUGAGUUUCACUGGUAAAGUGGCCAUCGUGACUGAUGCUGCCUCCGGGAUAGGAGCUGCCACAGCCAAAGCACUGGCCAGAGAAGGUGCAAAGGUAGUCCUCGUGGACAAAGACGCAGAUAAACUACAAGAAGUCGCCAAGGAAUGUGAACAGCAUAGCAACAAACCUCUCAUCAUCACAGCAGAUGUCACUAAAGACGAAGAUGUCAGAACCAUAGUGAAAAACACUAUCGACAAAUUUGGACAGUUAGACGUACUGGUCAAUAAUGUGGGGAUUGCCAGGUAUGCCACUUUCUUAGAUAAAAAUCUUAUGGAAGAUUUUGAUCUACUUAUGAACACGAAUUUACGUUCCAUGGUCUAUUUGACACACCUCGCUGCUCCAUAUCUGAUCAAGACUAAGGGUAAUAACAUCGUAACAAAAGCUGGUGUAAGUCACUUCACGCGCUGCGUUGCAUUGGAUCUGGCUCCACAUGGGGUGAGAGUGAACAAGGUAGCUGCGGGAGGGACCAACACGAAUAUAUUAGAAAAUGCAGGGAUACCAAAUGGCGAUGAAUUAUGGGAGGAAUUUAUUAAACAACGCACUGUUUUGAAAAAAAUGUCGGAGCCUGAAGAGAUAGCAGAUCGAAUUCUGUUCCUGGCCAGUGAUAAGGCUAGGAGCAUUACUGGAUCGACGUACGUUUGUGACAACGGGACUCUAUUGCUGUAA